CAACCACGCGUCGGGGGAUCUCACCACCCGACGCAGGGGCUGUUGCGCCGGCGCUGAUGGGUUGAUCUCCUGGGCCCCGUCGCCCGGUCGGGACCAUCUUCCUCUUCGAUCCGUCUUCCUCCUGGGAUCUGUCACCCCCCCCCGUCGAGCAACAUGGUCCUCGGGUGUCUCCCGUGCUGGCUCUGCCUGCCCUGCGCUGAAAGCGAUCGCAGCUGCCCGCCUGUGGGUACUGUGUCGAUGCCAACCGCAGAGGCCACAGCAACCAGAAGCACCGAGCACAACGAACUCGCCAAAGCCGCCGACCAGCCCCCAGACAACGAUGCUGCGAGCGCAAAGCCCAGGGCUCCCCCACACCCACUCAACCAUCCGAUCCAAACACCGCCUAUGGAUCCAUUCGGGCCUUGGGUUCAUCCGCUUGCAGCCAUGAUCCAGUUGGCUGCGACCGAGCCAGAGUGCCUGGCCAUCUACACCCGCGAAGCUGGCCCCAUCGAAAAAUAUACCUAUCGCCAACUGUGGGACAGAGCCUUCUCCGUUGCGCAGUGCCUGAAGCAGCUCCCCGGCUGGACGGACGAUAUGGAAACAGUAGCCUUGCAUUUUGAGCCCGAGGCGCACUGGGUAUUCUCCACAUAUGCCGCAUGGAUUCUCGGAAAAAAGGUCAUCAACUUUGCUCUGAAUUGGCCUGCCUCCGUGCGCAACGAAAUAGCAAAGCGACUGAGCAUAAAGUUCGUGCUCUACUACUCCGUGGCGCCAGGGCGAAUCGAAGGCGUCGAGGCAGUCGACAUCGGGUCGUUCUCGCUGGUGAGCAACAUCCCCCGACCCUCGACAGAGCAUCACGGGCCUCUCGAUGACAGCUUUGCCUAUCUCUGCACCUCAGGAACAACAGGCACCCCGAAGACCUUCCCGAUUUCUCAUACGGCUGGUCGGAUGACGCGGCCUUCGUAUGGUGGGCCCUACCGCGGAAACUGUAUCUUCCAGAAACCAUCCUUUUCGGCAUCGUUUGGAUCACUUGCCAUGAGUUCAAACAUCAAAGGCUCCGUUUGGUUUCCCAAGCUGACGCAGAACUAUGCUGAACAAGCCCGGAGCGUUGUGGACCUGCUUGACGACGGACUGGACAUCCUCAAAGGAACGCCAUCCUUCAUCAAAAUUGUCUUUCGCGUCGCAACCAGAGAGCGACCGCACCAGACUUGGCCGCACACUAAGCAGAUCAGCAUGGGAUCGGAGCUGAUCCCGAUUGCGAUGGUUUGGUGGGUUAAGGAGCUGUGUCCGAAUGCUCUGAUUCAGUGCGGAUAUGCUUCCAGCGAGUCAUCGGUUAUACAGGCCUUUGGAUUCUGCGUGAUUCGACCCUCUGAUCCUACUCCAGAGCGCCUGGUGUACUCCAUCAAGCGACCCAACGUUACUUGUCUUCUCUUUGAUGAAGACGGAAAUCCAGUGGAUCGGAAUGUGUCCAACAGCGGAAUACUCGUCUUUGCCGUUGGCAAAGAUGACUCCGUCAGGAACCAUCCCAGUUUUGUUCAGUCAAACAGAGAAGACAGGCUCGCCUCAUUCGGUUACCUUGAGGAUGGAUCUCCUCGCGUUUGCACCAUGGAUCAUGUCGAGCUUGUAGAUGACGACAAGUUUGUGGUGUUUGGAAGGGUCGGCCAGAAAGUCAAAGUGAAUGGUGUUUUUGUAGACCUCAAUUCGCUCGAGAACAUCGUGACAACCACGCUUUCCCACAUGGUGUCCGACUGUAUCUUCAUUCAGACUUCCGAGCUUGAGAUUAUAUUGAUUUACUCACCAAACAAAGAUUCAAACAUUGCUACAACUCCCAAGCAAGUUCUCGAGGCUGCAGAGAGUAUUCUACUUCUCCAAAAUAUCCCAAAGGUCCCGAUCCACAACUGCUUGGAGCUCGACGAGUUCCCCUUCAACGACUCGGGCAAGCGCGACCUCAAGAAGCUCAGGCGUUUCGCCGAGCAUGCCAAGUACUUUGGCGAGUCGGUUAUCUAUCCAACCCUUGACAUCGUCAACACUCCCCUGUCCCGCACUGCCGCCAAGAUCUCCACACUUGGCAGCCAGAUCAUCGACAACCCCGCCCUCGACGGCCGCAACUACUACAUCGGCGGCGUCGGCUUUGACUCGCUGAGUGUCGGCCGUCUGGCCCUCGCCAUCAAGGACGAGUUCAAUGUUGAGAUCUCGCCACUGAUCCUCCUGUCGAACGGAAUGACACCGACUGAUGUCGCCCAGCUAGUUGUCGACAUCCUCGACGACAGACCGAUGAUUCCGCCGACAGUUGAUCUGGCUGCCGAGGCCGCCAAGCUCGACGAUGCGAGUGUGACGGCCGAGGGUCUCCCUCCGUUUGUCUAUCCCAAGGACCCUCGCGGCAUCGUCCUGACCGGUGCCACUGGCUUCCUCGGUGCCUUCCUGGUCUUUGAGCUGGCCCACAAGUUCCCUCGGGCCAAGAUCUACUGCCUGGUCCGAGCCCCGACCGAGCAGGUGGCUGUCGAGCGCAUCAUCAGCACGGCUCAGAAGCUGGUCCUCGAUCCGAGCCAGAGAGCCUUCCUCGACCACAGCCUCAAGUCUCGACUCGUUGGACUGUGCGGCAACCUGUCGCAGGACAAGUGGGGACUCUCGGACGAGCGAUGGAAGGAGAUCAGCGAGGAGACCGACAUGAUUGUUCACAACGGCGCCGAGGUCCACUGGCUGUUUGACUAUGACAGACUCAGGGGACCCAACGUCCUCAGUACGGCGACGGCCCUGAGACUGGCCACAACCCACCACCUGAAGCCGCUGCAUUACAUCUCGACCAUCGGCACGAUCCCGAUGGCCAAGAAGGCAGACAAGCCGCUCGAGGAGAAGAUCUACUCGGCCUGGAACAUCUCUGGCGGGUAUGGCCAGACCAAGUGGGUCUCUGAGCAGCUGGUCAACAAGGCACGAUCGAGGGGAGUACCUGCGACGAUCAUUCGCCCAGCCGUCAUUGCUGGCGACAGCCAGUACGGAGUGUCCAACUCUGAUGACUAUAUCUGGCGAUAUGUCAAGGGAUGCAUCCAACUCGGUGUUGCUCCCUCGCACGCCACUCUCGUCACGAUGACCAUGGAUCCCGUCGACCACGUCGCCAAGGUGGUUGCCGAGAUUGCCGGCACGGAGGAGUCCCUGUCCAAGUUUGUGUUCCACAUCAGCGACUCGGAGCACAGUGUCCUCUCCGAGACCCGGCUGUUUGAGAUUGUCAGGAACCAUGGCUGGCCGAUCCUGUUCGAGACCCGCGAGCAGUUCAAAGAGGCAUUUCACUCCCACCCCGCCGUCGAGAGCAACGCCCUGUUCCCGCUCAUGCACAUCAUGAUGGACAUGUCCUUCAAGAUCGACAACGCCAACACCCGCUCGAUCUACCCGACUCCCUGUCCCUCGCUGGAGGAGGUUGUCGAGAAGUGUAUCAGCUACUUGAACCACGCUCGCUUCCUUCCCAACCCCAUCAAACCGUCGAGCGAGCUGAAGGACGAGGAGUAUCCCGAAGUCAGCAUCUUUGGCCGCACCGGACGUAGCUAGAUACCACGGUACCAGAUCAAUGACACACCGCACUCUGAUCGCCAGCCUAUACUGGUUCGAUUUACAGCCAAUCCAAUAAAAAACGGCACACCCCGGAUAUUGGUCGUUGAGCGGGUAUUUUGUUGCCUUAGAACAUCGCGAGCUGGAC